AUGUAUUAUAUUAACUACUCAUCUUUUGGAAGAAGCUUGAGAACUUUCAGAUUAUGUCGGUAUACUGUUUUUGGAACAGUUGAUUAUAUAAAAAAACAAUUCUCAGUAGGAUAAAAUAUACUAAUUGCAUUAAAAACAGAUCUUAGAUUAGAAUUAAUCAAAUUUACAAUAAAUUCGUCAAAAUGA